AUGGCUCCUGUUAAACUCGUCUGGGGCGGAGGUUCCAUUAUGAUGGAAGAGUCCUAUCCCACCCUCGAAUCCAUCGAUGCAGCUCUAGAAAUCCUGCAAGCCAAUGGUGUCACGAGUAUUGAUACAGCAAGAAUUUACGGAACCUCCGAGGAGCGUCUAGGUCAGAUCAAGGCCAGCUCUCGCUUCGCGAUUGAUACAAAACACCCCGGUGGGUUCGCCCCGGAGGCCAAUACCCAAGAAUUAAUCGGUUCAAUCGCGAACCAGAGCUUGAAAUAUCUUCAAACAGACCAGGUGGAUGUUUACUACAUCCAUGCACCCGAUCGUCGAUUCCCCCUCGAGGAACUUCUGGCGGGUGUAAAUACUCUCUUCCAGGCCGGAAAGUUCAAGAGCUUCGGUCUCUCCAACUAUCUAGCCACAGAAGUGGAAGAAGUUGUCCGUGUUUGUCGUGAGAAGGGAUACGUCUUGCCCACUGUGUACCAAGGAAACUACUCCGCCGUCGCGCGUCGGAUGGAGGCAGAGUUACUCCCGACACUGCGCAAACACAACAUUGCCUUCAAUGCCUACUCGCCCAUUGCGGGUGGAUUCUUGACCAAAGAUGCCGAAAUACUUGUUUCUGGCGGCGAAGGUCGAUGGGAUCCGACAUCAAUGUUUGGUGGCCUCUACCAUGCCCUAUAUAACAAGAAGAACAUGCUUGAGGGUUUGAGGCUUUGGGACAAGAUAUCUAAGGAGUUUGGUAUUCCCAAGGCUGAGUUGGCGUAUCGUUGGGUGGCAUACAACUCAGCCCUCAGUGGAGAGUUUGAGGAUAGGAUCAUCUUUGGCACACGCACCAUUGAGCAGUUAAAUCAGACUCUUGCUGCGUUUGCCAAGGGUCCUCUUGAUUCGAAGAUUUCGGAGCAGAUAGAGCAAGUUUGGAAUAUUGUUGAGGCUGAUGCACCUUUGGAUAACUUCAAUGGUAGGGCUGACAAGCAGUGA